UGUGUGUGUGUUUUCCCAACUCAGAAACCGGGCGGGCCAGGCUCAGCCAACCGGCCCCCGCAGUUCUCUCCAGGGACUCCACCUGGGCUGGUCAAACAGGUUUGGGAGUCCAAAGGACAAAAAGCCGGAAAAUCGAAGUUGCGCACUCGACAAACUUGCGGAAGGGCCGCCCGGACGGGGAGUUCCUGGCACCUAAAGCCACUCCAGUUUAUUCCCCUUUCCUUCCACCACCACCCCCCAAAAAAAAUACAGGUCCCAGCGUGAAAAAGCGAGAGUACAAGACGUGAGAAAAGAGAACCAGGUAAAAGGACCGAGGAUUUCUCUCCAUCUCCCUGCGCAAGAACCGGCCGCGGCACAUCCUGAGGUUGCCCUGGUUCGUUUUCCCAGAGCCGCCUCCCAUUUCUGGAGAAGAAGGAAUGGAGACCGCAAAGAUUUAGCAGAAAAAAGCUCGACGGAUACAGAACAAACAGUUGAAGAUGUCGGCCAUUGCCCCUUCGGAAGAUUUGGCGAUGGUGCCCCUGGGAAAGGAUUCGUCCCCUGCUGCUCAGCUGGCCCACACUCACACCCAGGAGUCGAGUUCGGAUGAUGCCGAGGCGACUUUGCCCUGGGACCGAGCCCAACAUGAUGCAGUGGGCAAGAUGCCGGUGGUUUUGGAGACGGACGCCCGGCCGAGCCCAGAAGGGAGCAUGAAGGCAGCCGCGUUGGACUCCGGCACGGACCAUCAGGCUUUCCUGAAGCCUCCGGAGGACAACGAGUGCAGUGGGGUGCCCUCCGUGGCAGCCCAUGCCUUCGUCCCCAUCGACCCCCUCUGCAUCGAACGCCGUCCCAGGAGCCACAAGAAGCAGCCGUGGCAGCUGGGAGUGCCACCGCAGGACGGGGCACCGUGCCAGGAGGAGAAGGGUGACCCAGAGCAGCAGCUCUUCCUCAGCCGAGGCUGCUCGGGCUGUUUGCACGACUUGCCCGAUCCUGCCAGGGAGCCAUUCCAGAACCCGUGUUGCCGGACGAAGGGCUGCUGCAACUCGGCCAACCUCAAAGCUGUGGCUUCCAUGACUACCGCUUUGAUCGUCUUCCCGGGCUUGAUCUACGGUGCCUACGUCUUCUUGCCCUUCGAGGUGCCCAUCAUGGAGAGCAUGAGCGCCCGGCUGGUGUACACGCUGCGCUGCGGGGUAUUCGCCACUUUCCCCAUCAUUUUAGGGAUGAUGGUUUAUGGGGUGUCCCGUCUUUGUGCCUCCUCCCUGCAGCCUUUUGAGGAGCUGAGCCGGGAGGUGGAGAUCCAUCGGCAUUUCGUCUCCCAGUCGGUCGACCUCUUCAUUCUUUACUUCUUCAAUAUUGCUGUCCUUUCCACCUACCUGCCCCAGGAAGGGCUCAAGCUGAUCCCGCUGCUGACGGGCCUUUUUGCCAUCUCACGGCUUCUCUACUGGCUGGCAUACGCCAUGGGCCGCUCGUUCCGUGGCUUCGGAUUCGGCCUGACCUUCUUCCCCCUGGUCGCCAUGUUGCUCUUCAACCUCUACAGCAUGUUUCUGCUGGACACGGAGAACAUGUUUGCCGUGAGGAGUCCCAAGGCGGCUUCCCCAUCGCAGAAGGAAAAGGAGUUGGACGUCUCCAGGCCCUGGUACUGGGGGUGAAGCCGGGCAGAGCUCGAAGCCAAGGAAUGUCCCAGUCUUCUCUUUCUGCACCACUGCUGGGCUCAUUUCCACCCUUGGCCGACUUUAGAAUUGGGAGAAGCCACCUGAGGCCAUGUAGUCUCACCCAGCCUCUGUCCAAACCAGUGAAAGCAUUGAAAAGACUGGCCAACCUCAGCUCCUCAACUCCUUGGAGAGAAGCCCAUCUCUGCUCUGCACCAUUGGAGCCUCAGCGAGUUUAUUUAGAACUCCUUUUUGAUCUUCGUCUGGGUGCCUUCCUCUGUUUUUGGAAGGAAAGAACCCAAGUCUGGUCCUUCUUCUCUCUUUAGAGACGGGAGGUGGGCUGGCACAUUCCAUAUCCCCUUCAAUAUUAUUCAUCAAAUUCAAUAUGUUCCCCCAAUCAAAGAGGAGAAUUAGAGGAGACAUGCAGUGUUUGAGGGGCUGUCACAAAGAAGAGGGGGUUGAUUAUUAAUUAACAAUUACCGUAUUUUUCGGACUAUAAGACCUUUUUCAGGUCUUUUUUCAGGCCGGUUCCAAGGCUUUUUUCGGCCCAUUUUAAGGCUUUUUUUGGCCAAUUUUGAGGCCUUUUUUUGGCUUUUUUUUUUUCUCCCUUAGGGCUGCCUCUGCCCCAGCGAGUCCAAUCCCCAGACCAAUCCCCACGAGGGAGCAGCAAGGCUGGGAUAGCUGGUCAGCAGCAGCACCCCCCCCCCACCAGGGUGGCCGGGACCCCAACCAUGGCCCUACCACUGGGGGCUUGUUUGGUUCUCUGGGCACUUGGGUCUCCCCCCCCCACCUAUGGAUUGCCCUAUGGAUAGAGAUGAUAGAGAUAGAUAGAGAUAGAGAUAGAGAUAGAUAGAUAGAUAGAUAGAUAGAUAGAUAGAUAGAUAGAUAGAUAGAUAGAUAGGAGAGAGAUAUAGAGUGCGACUGGCAUAUAUAUAUACAUAUAUAUAUGCCAGUCUCAUUCCAUCUCUCUCUCUCUCUCUCCCCUCUAUAUAUGUGUGAUUCACAGCCCUUUGCAGGGGUGGGCUGCUGGGGGUUCGGGAAAACCUCUAGUUAAGAUUCUGUGCAGUGCGGAGAACCCCCCCAAAACCCACUCCUGGCUGGCCCCGCCUAUCCCGCCCCUCCCAGGAGUCCCCACGCAGCCUGUUUCGGAUGCCGGUAAGUGCAGUGCAGGCAUGGACACUCGGGGAGGGCAAAAAGCGGGACUACCAAAAGUUUGGGAAGAUCAGAAAUGGGCCUGUUUCCAGCCUCCAGGCGGCCUCUGGAGCCUGGGGAAGCCAUUGUUCACCCUCCCGGAGGCUCAAAGAAAGCCUCCGGAGCCUGGGGAGGGCAACAACCCUCCCCCCGCCGUGGUGCAGGAGGCUGAUUGGGCCACCCCCACCCAGCAACCGGGCAAAGAACCCCUUGCUAAAAAUUUUGAAGCCCACCCCUGGCCCCUUGGUGUGCCUUAGCUAUCCAAAGUCUCUUGAUCACAGCCAGGUGAAGCUCACAAGAAUUGGGCGGGAGACGGGGGGAGUUAGGAAAGGCACAGAGCAUAAUAUCAAACAGUAAUGAAAAUGAAAGAGGAAAAAACCCAAACACAUGCGCACACACAAUGCAUUCACUCACUCCCUGACACACACAAAAAAAACCCAACUGAAAUUUGGAGGUGCUUACCAGAUUCUUCUUUUCAAGCAACUGUCCGAUUCAAACUGCAAGCUACCCCUUCACUACCAGCGUCAAGCGGUCAGAGCAGAACCCACCGAUGAAAAUGGUCUGCUGGUAGCCAGGUGGAACUUAACCUGGGAUAGAUCCCGCUGGUCAGGUUAGUCUCAAGUCCCACUGGGGUGCCAUCUAGAAGACUAAAUUUGGGGCUUUAACUCCGGAGAGCGGCGCCCGUGAAUAAAUAAAAAAGAGAGCCAGACAGCUGUGAGGAAAGAAGAAAUAUUUUUCUUCCUAAAAGCGAGGGAGUCUGCCUUUAAGGCGCAGGCUGCCAAGAAAUGAGGUACAGAAGAUUUUUUUUUUAUAGCGGGAGCUUGUCCGGGGUAUGGGAGUGUCCACGUGCUAUUUCUCAGGUGACACUUGUGGGCCGUGUGCAUAGGUAUGUUUAUUCUUGUGAACAUACAGUUCCUCUGGGAGACGAAAUUUAGUUAACUCCGUUUGUAUUUGCAGAGCUUAUCCUUUGAUACGUGGAUUAGGUCUGGGUAACUUAUUUGGGGGUUUGAGGAAGUUUGCUAAUUAUAGUUGGUUCACUUAGUUGCAGCUUGACUGUCAAUUAUCUAGUGGAGACGCUGAUAAUGAGUCCAGGCUGUAGAUUCACUUCAUGUUUUAAGUGAGAAUGGAAACAGUAUAAAGAAUAAAAAGUAAUUUUAAAUAUAGCUUCUCAAUCUCUUCCUUUUCUUCUGUUUUUGCUUUGUAAAAUAGGGACAUGGUUAACUUCUGGGGCUCUAAUCCCCUUGCUAUGUGAAGCCCUUUUUACUUGCUCUCCUGUAAGUUUUCCUGUAGCUUUUGCAAAUUCCUUUUUCUGAGCAACCUAAGGAAAAAAAAAAACUCUUCUCCCCCGGGAUAUUCUCCAAUCUCUCUGUUGUGGCCCGCCAGCUGCCAGGGGAGCAGGCGGCAGGUUCGGACGAUGAGGAGGUUGGGGAAGAACUUGGGCCAGUUCUGGCGCCUGAGGAAGGCUCUGACGGAAGCUCAGCGUCAGACACUGAGAUAGAGCCACGGCCGUCUGACAUUUCCCAGCCACCGGAGAGGCAGCUGCCUUCGGAGGCGGAGAUGAUUGGGGAGGAAGAACAGCUGGGUCCUGUUCCAGAUGCACAUAUGCGCAGAGCUGUUAGGAGAACAACUGAGGGCAAGGAGUUGACUCGGGAAGAAAAGCACACGGGAACCCUGAAUGGCCCCUCCCUGGCUGGGGAAUAAAUAGAAGGAAAGGGGAGUGGUGAUCGUAGGAGACAACCGUUCGUAUUUCUGAAGAUUUUGCUCACUGUGUUUCAUGCAUCAAAGACUGCUAGCCAGAACUUAAAUUUGCAGGCUUUUGGCUGGGAGCUCCUGGCCUGGCAAUUAUCGCGAGUAACUGAUAAGGUCUGUUACUGCAGUUAACUCUUUGAAGGACUAUUCCCUGGACUUUUUGGUGUGUGAAUGCCAUUAAUUCACAGGAGAUAAAU